GGUUGUCCUUGUGCCAACACACUAUCUACAGUGUGCCACAUAUCUUCAAACAGAGGUAGUGAGAAUCCAGUAAUAUAUUCCUCAAUUUCCUCGGUUUAACUUCACACUUGUGGAAUAGGUCUUUUAUUUUUCAUUUUAAGAUGGCCUGAGCAACAGAGACUUAAGCUGCUCCGAUAUUCUCAAGUGUGAACUUUGCCUGCUUCCUCACACUGCCACAAUGGCCACAUUUGCUCACCAAAGGAGGCUAAUAACUCGUUCCUGCAGCCUUGAGGACACACUGACUAGGAGUGACACUUUCCACGCUUUAACUCAGACCACAGACCAACACCAUGAAGAGCAGGGGUCGCCAAGACAGCGUCGCAUAACAGUUGCAUCAUAUAUGCCUCAUUGUAAGGACCAGAAUGGAAACUUUCCCGAGAAGGAUACAGAGAGGCAAGUGGCCAAAUCUCUCAGGGAGCUGAACACUGAAGAAGUCUGCCAGUGGUUUACCAGAGUUGGACUGCAAAAGUGUAUCUCUUUUAUCAAAGAGGCAAAGCUGUGUGGAGCAGACAUAGCAUCUGUGGAUGUGAAUACUCUGGACAUCCUCCACAUUAGCACACUGGAGGACAGGGAGCAGCUGCUGUCGGCCAUUUAUAAUGAGCUUCAUCCUCCCAGCACCAUCACUCAGAGAAUUGACUCUUUGCUCGAAUCUUCGGGACCUACUAAUGUGGAGGCAUUCACUGCAACACUGGUGUCAAUGACUAAGUCCAAGUCUUCUCCUCAUGUGAGCAGCUUGAGCAUGCAUCGCCGUUCCCUCAAGCUACGAAACAACAGCCAAAGCUACAUGGUGCAGAGGAGCGCUCAGCUGAUAGAGAUUACUAUCAAUGCAUCAGAGCGAAUAGUUCAUCUCAGAACCCCAAAGGAAACAACAGUGGGAAAAAUUAUGGACUUGUGCAUCAAAAUGCUGGGAAUGACAGAAGACAAAAAUCUAUUCACUCUUAAAGAACAGCAAGGUUCACAAGAGGAGCUCUCACCAGACCAACAGAUUGGGACUGUCCUUGCAUUAUCAUCAUCAUCAUCUUCAUCAUCAUUGUCAGCGAACAGCCAGCUGGAACUGCACUUGGUUAAAAGGGACAAACCGACAGGUUCUGCAUCCCAAGACGGUCCAGAGGAGAACAGCUCCAACGAAAGUCGGAACAUUAACAGUGACAUCCAGGGCAAACAGCCAGCUAAAGAAGACAGAAUCAGGGAACUAAACCAACAAGUGGACUCGCUACAAAAUGUCAUCCAUCAGGUCCAGGAGCUCCACCACGACCUGGUAGCUUUUUGCUCCGAGUUAAAAAACAUGGAUGGGGAUGCAAAUGUAGACAAGCUUAGCUCGGCGGAGCUGAGGCAGAGACUCGAGAUGGUUAACAGCCGACUGAAUGACAAGAGGCACAACCUGCAGACCCUCAGAGACAACAUCACCAACUUCACAGCUAACAAGAAGAAACAGCUCGAGGUUCACCUCUUGGAAAAGAUGAAGCUGAACUGCCAAGUGUUUAAGGAGGAAAUUUGCAUUGUGCAUCUCAACCGACAGGCGGCUCACCUCCAAGACGCUUUCCAAGAAAGCUACAUUAAGGAAAAGGCUCCAAAGAAGACGCUGGCCAUCGGUAGCCUGAGUCAGCUGGUGUCACCACAGUCUCCAGCCAUGCUGCUGGUUCUACAGGAGAACCAGAACCCCGACGGCCACUACAGCUUCUUGUGUCGCUAUAGAGAAGGCAGUGGACUUGUGGUGGUCGAGGUGGACAACUCUCAGCUCUGUGUGCAUGACAGAUUGUUGGAGGUGAAUGGCGUGUCAGUGGUCAACUCAACACACGAAGAGCUAACUGACCUUCUACAGCAGGGUCCCAUCGCUCAAAUUGUCGUCCUUCGUCAGCCCCCGCCUGUCCUCCCCUCUCCUCCGUCCCUGCAGCACACGGUCAGCUCUGAUGUGGUGCAAACAUGCUGCCCAGGAGGAGAUGAAGUCAAUGCAGAAACACCUCCACAGCGCAGGGUGAUAGCCAUAUGAUGACACACAGAAGUGUUACGAGUGUCCAGUAAUUUGAGCUGCCGGGUCAUCUGUUGUUAUUUACUUCUUGAUCUCUGUAUGUGAACAUGUUUAAUGUACAGAUGAAACUGUUCAUCAUAGAUUGUUGACAACUGUCUUUGGGUUAACGAUAUCAAAUAACAAUAUGCCUGUUUUUCACAGUAUGCGCACCAGCUUGUUUUUGGUAUUUAUUAAUGUGAAACCCAUUUCAAUGUACGCCCAGAGGAGCAGCUAUUAAAAAAAAAAAAGGAAUACAAGAAAAUAUUUUAUUUGCUUUCCUUAUUUUAUAUAAUCUUUUUUCACUGGGAAAAAAAAAAUAAAAAGAGGAAACAUGGAGCCCAAUAGAGAUUUGCUCCACUAGAUAUGUGACAAGCAUUUAAUUUAACAUCCCAACAGAGUAAUUCCUGAGGGUGUCACCAUGUAAGACUGAUUACUGUGCAUGCUUGUAGUCUAAAAACACGCGAUCUAAUUUAAGGGCACAUCCAAAUGCAUCAUGUCUGUCUGCAGCCUUCCUCUCCACAGGUUUGUCCCUAAGA